CAGGGGGGCGUGAGCGAAAUCCUGGAACAGCGAUUGAAAAAAAAAAGCUGCAAGCUCCACCACCGGUGAACGGUUUCAAGUCGCCCACCCUGCCUGGACUGAAACCCUGCCUGAUUUGUGGGCAAUGUUGGGGAUGUAGGAAAAAAAGGAAAGGAAAGCCGGGGAGAGAGCGAGAAAGAGAGAAAGAGAGAGAGAGAGAGAGAGAGAGAAAGGCGAGGUAGGGUGAGAGAGAGCGACAGAGAACCAGAGAGAGCGAGAGGGAACACUAACUGGGUAGCUAUGGAGAUAGUAGCUUUCCCUGCUCGCUUUCUUUGACAGGUGUCGAGGAGUGGGAUAAAAUAAAAAAAAAGUCUAAGUCGAGGUGCCUGCAAGAUGUACGGCAAGGGCAAGGGAGCCGUGGUCCCCUCCGAUAGCCAAGCGAGAGAAAAGUUGGCGUUGUACGUGUACGAGUACCUGCUACACGUCGGAGCGCAGAAGUCGGCACAGACCUUCCUGUCUGAAAUACGAUGGGAGAAGAACAUCACGUUAGGGGAGCCUCCUGGAUUUCUCCAUUCGUGGUGGUGCGUAUUCUGGGACUUGUAUUGCGCCGCUCCAGACCGACGAGAGACCUGCGAGCACUCCAGUGAGGCCAAGGCCUUCCAUGACUACAGCGCAGCAGCAGCGCCCAGCCCGGUGAUGGGCAACAUGCCCCCCAACGACGCCAUGCCAGGCGGUCCCAUGCCUCCGGGCUUUUUCCAGGGACCACCCGGCUCUCAGCAGUCCCCCCACGCACAGCCCCCCACACACAACCCAAGCAACCCCAUGAUGGGACCCCACGGCCAGCCUUUCAUGUCACCGCGCUACCCAGGUGGACCGCGCCCCCCACUCCGAAUGCCAAAUCAGCCUCCAGGUGGAAUUCCGGGAUCGCAGCCUCUCCUGCCAAACAGUUUGGACCCGACACGACCGCAAGGGCAUCCCAACAUGGGCGGUCCGAUGCGGAUGAACCCUCCUCGAGGAAUGGCCAUGGGCCCACAGAAUUACGGUGGUAUGAGACCCCCGCCCAACUCCAUGGGCGGACCCAUGCCAGGAAUGAAUAUGGGUCCAGGAGGAAGAGGGCCGUGGCCCGGGCCGAACACGAACUCGAUAGCCUACUCCUCCUCAUCUCCGGGCAACUACGUGGGCCCCCCAGGUGGCGGUGGUCCACCCGGAACGCCCAUCAUGCCCAGCCCAGAUUCGACCAACUCGAGUGAAAACAUUUACACCAUGAUGAAUCCGAUUGGAGCGGGAGGCAACAGACCCAAUUUCCCGAUGGGACCCGGGCCUGACGGGCCGAUGGGCGCUAUGGGAGCCAUGGAGCCGCACCACAUGAACGGAUCUCUCGGGUCUGGAGAUAUGGACGGCUUGCCAAAGAGUUCCCCUAAUAACAUGGGGGGCAUGAACAACCCUCCCGGAACGCCGCGAGACGACGGCGAAAUGGGCGGGAACUUUUUGAACCCAUUCCAAAGCGAAAGUUAUUCUCCCAACAUGACGAUGAGUGUGUGAUUUUAUUUUUCCUUUUUUUGGGGGGGGGGGGGUAUUUCCCCCUCCCUCCUAUUUUGUACCCCUACACCUCCUUUUUUGUGGUCCCCCCGCCCAUCCUGCAAUUCUUACCUCACUCUCGGGUCGGGCCUCCCCCUUCUCCUCCUCCUCCUCGUCCUCCUCCUGGCUUAUACCACCACGUUCCUCACGGGUGAACCGCAGCCCUCAUCCACAUCCUCCUCCGGAGCGGCCCUGAAGCUCGCUGGGACUAUGGUGAAAAAAAACGGGCCCUCUGGGUGCAUGCAAAAUGGCCGCCCGGGCCAGGCAGGAAGUCGCAGCAGGUCAACAGGAAGAGUCUCUUCUCGGACUUGAGACGAUGAGGACAAAUAGAGAAAAAGAAGCGUGACACAUGCUUAAGGACACUCUGGAAUCUUCAUCCACAAUCGGACUUAUUAUUAUUAUUAUUAUUAUUUUAUUUUUUUAAAUAAUUUAGUUUCUAAAUGUGUUGUUCCGGACCUCUGUUUGUACAUUUUUAACAGAGGUAUGAUGAUCCAUUUUUUUCCCUUUCGUGUAUUGGCCUUGUAUCGUUGCUAUUUUCAUUAUUGUAUUUUUGUUAUUAAUUAUAUUGCAAUGGUCUUUUUUUUUUUUUUCAUUCAGAGUGCACAGUACUUUGCAAAAGAAAGGCUACUCGUGUGCACACAUGUCACUUCACUGCUCCCUGCUGGUAAAAUGUUAUCUCUGCAUUAUUGGCCUUUUAAAAAUAUAUGUUUUGUUUUUGUUUUUCCGAGAUUUUUUGUGAUUUUUUUUUUCUGAUCCCCAUUUUUUUACCCAAAUGAUUUAGUUUUUAUAGUCUUUUUUUCCAGCGUUAUUUUUUUAAAUACUUUUUUUUAACCUAAAUUAUUUUUACCUUUUUUUUUCUCUUUACCCAUCUUAUUCUUACCUCAACCUUCAUUUUCCCUACCUGCUUUUGCUCAAAUAUUUCUUUCCAACGCAACUUUUUGUCAGCUUCAUGCAGAGUAAUGCACAGCUCUAUUUAUAUCUUUACUUUUUUUAUUCAUCGAUUUAUGAGCCUAUGAAAGCCUGUUUUCGACAGACAUCCCGCAAAAUAGCCAUAUCAAAACUGUAAAUGGAAAAACUGCCAUCUAUUCACCUUUGCCUUCCACAAAGAACCCUGCAAAGUGGUACAUACAAGCGGAGUAUUUUUUUUUUUUUUGUGAGUCGAAAGCAAUGAUCAGUUUCUAAAACUAUUUGAUGCAUUGACAUCAUCUUGUACAUAUUCUCUGGGUUGUGUGUGAAACCAAGAACCGGAAAAAUGGAUGCAGUGUUGCUGUGUAAAAGCACACACGCGGUUCCAACAGCAGUUUUUCAUGAACACUUCCCAAUACAAGACCGGACAACUCCUACCUGUAGUUACUGGGUUUUAUGUGAAAGGCAAAGGCAGACAGAUGGCAGAUUUUUGAUGCUGUGAUUUAACAGGCUCUCUGUGUGAAAGGUUGCAUCGUUUUUAACAAGUGUUAUUCUCUUCUAGCUGCACCACUCGUAGCAACGGUGUAAAUAUGCAGAUAGGCGGCAUGGUGUUCUUUCUCAUCUGUGUGAUGUCAUCAGAGCGUCACUCAGACCCACCCUACAAGGUACUGAAGCUUUUUUUUGGGGGGGGGGGUGACGGCCCCUCAGCUCGUGAUGCUCCCGCCAACAUUGCUGUGUAAGGGUUCUUUUUGAUAUUUCUUAGUUUGCUCAUAAUUUGUCAACAAUGAGUACAAACAAGUUUUGAUGCCGCCCCACCUAAGAUGUCACCCGUCAAUCUUUUUUUCUGAUCAUUCGUCAACAAUGAGGACAAAUGUGGUUACGUGCCACCACCCUCACAUACUUUGCACUGGGUGAGGCCCAGGUAGGAGUGGCAUCCACUCUAGUUUUGUUUUUUAAUUAAUUGUAGUUUUUUCAACAAUAAGUGCAAAGUAUUUUUCAUUUUCCCCAUGUGUCUCGGUUUAAAAUGUAUUUUGCCAAUAGUCAGCAUUGGCUACAAAUGAAUUUUGAUGUCACCCCCUCACCUUGCCCCCCCCCCCUCCCACCAGCCUCCCAUAAUUCGCAACAAUGAUUGAGAGAUUUUGACCCCACCACCCCAUCCCUCCCCCAGCAUUGCAGGGGUGCCAACCGCUCUCGGGUUUUUAAAUCAUGUUGCACUCUCCCAUCUUUCAUUUGUAUUUGUUUUGUUUUGGGGUUGUUGUUUUUUUUUUGUAAAUACUGUACAAUGCAUUUUUGAUAUCAUUGACAUGUUUUGAUAUUUCAAAUCACAGAAACAUACUUUGAGCGUGUGUGCGUGUUUGCGCGUGUGUGUGUGUGUGUGUGUGUGUGCGUACGCGCAUUGGGGGCGAGUCAUGGCGCAAGAUGAGUGCAUUCUCGGACUUUAAAUGAAAACUCUGCAACUGUUUAUUUUAAAAAAAAAAAAAAAGCAGAACGUAGGUCCUGAAAUUGAAACGUCACGCACAAUUGCAACUGUGAAUCGGACUGGAGGAGAAGGCCAUUUUGUUGAUACAUAUCCCUUCUUCGGAACUAUGAAGGAUUUUUUUUUUCUUAAUGGGGAUUUUUAUUUUCCAAAUAAUCUUGUGCAAAAGUGCAGUCUUUUAUUAUUUCUGUCCGCAAGCAAUGAACAUUUCUGUAUUUUUAUUGUGCCGUUGUAAAAUAUUGUAACAUUUGAAAAGAACAGGGGCCGCAGGGGACGAAAUUGAGGACUGUUUCUGUUUGGUUCCUCAUUUUAUUUUAUUUUAUUUUAUUUUAGCAGUAUUGAAUAUAAUGAGGCAUCGUGUCCACAGGGGGGGCUUUGCUUUAUUUCAUGUUAGGGUAGUUUUCCCAUCCUAAAUGUCUCGUGUAGUUUAAAGAAAAAGAAGAAAAAAUAAUAAAUAAAAAUGUUCCUUCUUAAUUGUACGUUUCUUUAUAUUGUAAAUUUUCUUUUGAUGGAAAAAAAAAUGUUAUCGGGGGAAGGUGGACAAAUUGCUUUGGUAAGUGUAUUUUUGUUUGUUUUUUAUUUUCAUCAAGUUGUCAGUCAUUUUUGCCUGUGUCCUCCCCUUGUUGUAGAUGCAUAUUAAAAAUAAAUAAAAUGAUUUCACGCCUG